ACCGGUUAUUUUUGAUAGGUUUUAGGUUAACCUGUACCUAUCGCGGCAUCACUAGGGUCUUGCCGACGGCACCUGCGCCCUUGACAUGGCCCUCCAGCUCGCAGGUUGGCAUGCAUGACCAAGUCUGCUACUCCGACAACACCAGUGGUCCAAGAGCACGCUCCGCUAUUAGUGUAUAAUGGUCAAUAAUGUGUGGGCACCGUGACAGCAAAAUGCGAAUAGCGACAGUUUUACGACGGCCGCUUUAGUCCGCAAUGACCACAAUCAUGAGCACCACUCGCCAAACUCCCACCGACUCGUCGCAAUCUUAGCCAAAGUCGAGUCUGCCUCAAAAUGUUUGGUGCUCGAAUCCGCAACUGGGUGGAGACGCACUUUGUGCGUCACCGCAAGAAACGCUCGAAAGAAGCAAAAAACUCCAAGGACCCGCCGCCACCUGCGGAGGUUGUCCCCAAGUCCAGUCCGUCUGCUCACACCGACCCUGGGCCGUCGACCCAGCCCCUGACCUCUGCCAUUUGCCACCACAAUCCUGCCACGUCCAGCUCAACCCAGACCACGAAACGGGUCACGCUCGUCUCUCCGACGCUCUCCUGCAAAUUCUCUUACACCGACGAGAACACAGGCUCGCCAAAGAGACCGACUCUUCACGCCGCCAUAAACAACAACAACAACAGGCUCGGUGCUCGCUACAGCUCUUAUCUCUCAUCUCCCGAGUCGGCCUACUCGACUGGCUACAGCACAGAUGCGACUUCUCCGUAUGAACCCUCCAUUGACGCCACUCUUUCACCAGAGUACUACAUCAACAUAAGAACAGGCACAAGAUACUUCCAGUCAGUGGACAUUGAUUUGCAGAACAAGCCCGAGACUUUGAGAACUUUUGGGUCCGGCCAAAUCAACCAAAGAGCUGACUUAAUUUCCAAGAGAGGAGACUGCAACCGAGGAGGUGGGCUUCGCAGUUUUGGUGCCACGCCGCCGCAGCCGCCCCCUCGAAAAUCCAGCAUUCCAGACAGUAUUUUUGCACAAAAUGAGAAACACCGAGCUUCAUCAAUAAAAGAACUAAACUGCAAAAGCAGUCCGGUGCAGCAACAGCAGUACUGCAACUCGCCCAGGCAGAGAUGUCGAAUCAGGACGAAUCCGUGGUUGCCGUCAACAACCGCCUCAGACACAAACUUAAACGCCAGCAGGGAAGUGAACAACAGCAAAAGUGGAGCUUCGACCCAUCCUGAACCAGCGGUGCCGCUGACUCCAUUGAAUGAGGACAUCAGCACAGCGGCCACCAUUGGCUCGUGGCAUGUUGCUGACUCGACCACUACGUGUGAUGAAGAGAGCUGUGACGAAGACGAGGAUGUCUUCUUGAAGGAAAAGCCUAUAAGGCGAAGGCAAGUUGCUGCAAUCAAGAAAAGGUCUAAUUCUGCCCAGGCACCUAAAAAGCGGGGCAGCUUUUCCUCUGACUCAACGUUACUGUCAACCCCGUCCAUAUCCAGAUGCAGCAGCGUGGAAGACGCCACUUUGAACGAGUUGGGCAGAUUUGAAGAAAGUUACACAUAUGACAAAGAAACGGACAUUCUGAGCGACAGUGAUGCCACCGACUGCGAAGUGGAUGAGACCAUCACCGCCUCUUCUCGCACUGUGAAUGAGCAGUCGACGUCAACGACUCACACCCUCUGCGAGAUGGAACUUGACUAUAUCGACGUUGGGGAACAGUUUGACACUCAAGUGGUGCAUCACGAGGCGCACUGCACGUACCACUUGAGUUACAACCACUCGGAGUUCAAGCACCUCAACAGCAGCGCGGCCAGCAGCAAGUUGAAACGCGCCAGCCAGAGGCGAAAUCGCAGCAGAGGGGAGUCGCCGGCACUUCCGACCGGAGUUGACUCGCCUGUGUUGAGACUCAGGAGGGUAGAAGGGGUUGAAUCACCUUUAAUCAGAGCAAGGGGUGUCUUGUCUCCAAGUUUGAAGAACAGACGAGUUGAAUCUCCCAUAGCCCAGGUGAUCGAAUCAAAGGAAUCGCCAUCAUUGAAGGUCAGGGGAAUUGAUUCUCCGGCCCUGAGAAACAAAAUUCUGCCUGAAAAGAGUGGUGGAUCUGGAAAUAGUACUCCUCUGGUCAGGCGUAGACCCUCCGUUGGCUCAAACUGCAGCACGCCUAGAUUGACCCGGCAUUGUAAUUUGGCACGGAGCGAAAGCAAUAACAGCACACCUGUGCGAAAGGCUCCUGCAGAUUUGCCGCUGGUAAAGUCGGAAGACAAAAGCAAAUCAUCUCUUUCAUCCAAAUAUUCGGCGUCGGAGUUGAAGUUAAUUCAGGCAGAUAAGGAGGCAGACAGGAAAUACAGGCAGCUAAUUAAAGAAGCCGAAAGUCUGCUGGUGCAUAUGAGGAAUGUGACGGUGGAAGAGGUUGACUUGGAAACUCCAACAGUGGAGGCUCCAGUGAUACCUUUCCCUCCGCCCCCUGUGGAGCCUCCUCAGCCAAGACCUGAUCCAGCCCGUCUCAGCAUUAAGAUUCAAAAGGCUUCAAGCUCCACGCCUGCAUAUCCUGCCGUGACGGUGACCACUCCGUCUGGUGGACCUCCACGCGCUUUGGUCACGUUCCGCUCAGUUGAUCUGAACAGUCCAGUGGCAUCAGAGGCGCCCUACUGCCCGCAGAGUGAGCCUGUAAAGAGGAAAGUGUACUCCAGCGCGGCCAUGCAACGGCUGCAGGAGCACUUCAAGCUCACCGAGAUGGACGAAAGCAGCGACUCGUCGCCACCCGAGGCGGAGGAGAACAGUAGUGCUGACCAUGACACCAGCAGGUCAAAUGAAUCAACUUGUGAAUAUGGAACUCAGGAAGAGAGGAGGAAACGUCGUCAGGAGGCGCGAAUUCAGUAUAAGCUUGCAGUUGCUCGGAGGAGCAACGUCCUCAGUAUUUUGGAAGAGCUGAAGCUGAACUUACAGACUCAAUCAGCUCGGCUCCAUGACACCUAUCGCUCAACCACAGAUUUGCGAAGCCCGUGCCUGGGCGACGUCACACCCAGUCCUAUGAAGGCCAACACUCCAUUUGGCCCACUCAACAUUUUCUCACCAAUCAGACGAGCUACAAACUCAGCAACCAAAUCACCAAAGCAUCACUGAAAUUCAUAACCGUCCAUGAAAGAAACUCAGCAGCGUUUUUUUACUGAGCGAUGCGCCAUAAAAUCAUGCACACACGUCUGUAUACAAUUGUAAUACCCUUGAGAUUGUUAGAUGUCGUUUUGGAUUGCCGCGGUUUUCUAGUCCAGUAGCGUGUAUACAGUAUUAUCAAAAAGAUUUAAAUGUUAAAAUGAUGCAGUUGUGUGGUAUCUGAAUUUGAAUCUCAAAUUUUAUUCAAAAGUCUUUUCUCUUUCCAAAAGUCUUUUACUCAUCUUUGAAUCGUACUUAAAAUUUCAUCUUUACCAAAUCUCUUGCAAUAGGAAAUUGCAAAUUUAUCCUCAAAUCUUGCCCUGCCAGACUUAUUAAAAAGAAACAAUAAGAUCAAAGUUACUAAAAAAAGUAUUUUCAAUGCAAAGCACUUGUUACUUAAACACACGGCUCAAUUCCUAUAAUGGAGAGUUCCUGUGCUGAGAUUAAUCGUUUUUUUUUCUUGCCCAGAUACCACGCUAGUUAUUGAGAUUAAUUAUAUAGAACUGUAUUUAUAGAUUGAUAUUUCUGUAGAAAAGAAAAAGAGAGUCCAAUAUAAUAGAUUUAGGUAGAAA